GCCGUCUGGCCAACUGGGAGGCAGGAGGGAGGAGAAUGGUUACCGUGGAGACCAGUGGACGCUGGCAGUAAACGAUGAGAAGCCGUGGGCCGGACAGGACAGUUGAAGGAAAAGCAGCUUGUGAAGUACAACUGACGCCUCGGGUCUCGAAGUGUUCAAAGUAUUUUGAAUAAUACAGAGUCACAGUAAAAUGAGUGGAGAGGAAAAUGCUGCUCCACAUGUACCUGAAAAUGAGAUCAAUGAAGAUGAUGAGGAAACUAUCACAGCUCUUGCUCCAUCUAUAGAUCUUCAAGAGGCCCAAGCUGUAGAUGUAACUACCUGUCCUGCUUUUCAGUGCUUGGAAGAAUUAUUUUCUGCUGGAAAAAUUGCAGGAACCCAAAUUGGCUAUAUGAAAUCCAAAUACAUGUCAUUGCAUGAGACUUUAAAAAGGACACAGGAAUCUGAGAUUAAGUUAAUGAAGGAUAUUAAGUUUUUUACUGCUGAAUUGGAGUACCAAAGGCAGGAGCUGGAAAAAGGUGAACAGUUUCCUGAAUGCUAUGAUACGGAAGUCAACAAACUAAGACAGCAGCUGCUUCAUUUUCAGAAUGACCUUAAUCAGAUACAAGAGCGUAUUGCUCAACAGAAGAACAGAGCUAUUUAUUUAGAAGAAGAAUUGGUAAUGUUUAAAAAAGACUUUGAGAGACUACCAAAGGCCGCAGAUUUUGAAAGAAAGUCUAAAGCGCUAAAAGAGAGUUGCAUUGAACUAAAGCGAGAUAUUAAACAGAGGAAACGGGACAUCAAAACGUCAAAAGAAGAUUUGGAAAAGAAAAUUGAAGAUGUGAAAAUUUCACAAAAGGAAUUAGAAAUGAAGGGAGAUAGUGAAGCAAACCUGAAGAUUGAUCUGGUCCAACUGCAUACCAUUCCUAGCCAAAUGGCCAAAGAUAUCCAGAAAAUGAACCGCAAACGCAACAAUUUAGAGAAGACAAGAAUUGAAUUAGAUGACCAACGCAAGGAACUUCUUACUUCUGUCCACCAAAUAGAGCACAAAUGCAGAAUAAUUGAAGCUGAGAAAUUGGAAGUAAUGAAAGAGUUAGAUGAAAGAAGAGUUUCAUUGGACAAUAAAGAGCAAGACUGCAACCAGUUGCAUAAGAUGAUUGAGAUGGGUAAAGAGACGGAAUCGGCAUUAAUGGGAGAAAGAGCUUCCUUGGACUUGCAGCUACGUUAUAUCCAAACCGAAAAGAAAAUAUUGUCUGACACUGUCACAUUAAAACAAAGAGAGAAGGAACAAGAGCUACGAAAAAUUAAAAAAAGAGAGAUACAGUUGAAGAUUGCACUUGAUUCACUUUCAUAUGUUGAAUUUACCUAUGAAAAGGUCAAAUCUCAGGUGGAUUCUUCCUAUCAUACCGGGACAUUGUUGGAACGACGGAGUGAGCUAGAAAGUGAAGUUAAAUUUCUCAAAAGAAAACUAACAGACCAGCUUUCAUUGACUGAACUAGAGGCUCAUCUAUUGCGUAAGCGUUUGGUUGAAGAAGAUAAUCUCAUUAUAGAACAAAGACGUGCCCGUGAAGACGUCAUAAAUCUAACCCGACUUGCUCAGAUCAGGUCUGACGAAAGAGAUCAAAAAGCAAGAGAUCUAAUAAAUAUCCAGCAAAAACGUGAUCGAACUAUUGAAGAACUGAAAACGGAGAAACUGAAUUUACAUGACUCCACGAAGAAAGUUAAACAUAUGCUGGUUGGCAUAAAGAAUUUUACUAAAAUCUAUCAGAUCAUCAAAAAUGAGAGAAACAAGUAUGUCAACCUCAUACAAAGUGCAGCACAGGAAUCUGCAGAAGAGCGAGAGAAGAUCAAGAUUCUACAGAAUGAAACUGAGAUUCUUAGGACCACUACAUUGGUCAAAGACAGUCAGCUGCAAAAAUAUAAGUUUAAGCAUUCAAACAGCUACGUCAUUAGGGACAGCCUGAGGAGGGCUAUUUGCAAAUUGGACCAAGUACUUCGACAAUUGGGAGAAAAGAGAGAAGGACAAAAGAUAAAAAUUGUCAAACUUAGUAGCCUGAUUAACCAGGCUGAAGAGGAUAUGAUAAAGCUACGGAAAAAAUAUGAGUCUAUUGUUCAGAAUCGCAAUGAAAGAGGAAUACAAUUAAUUGAACGGGAGGAAGAGGUUUGUAUUUUCUACGAGAAGUUAAGCAUUCAGGAUUCAUUGAUAAGUAAUGGAGAUGUGGAGUUACAGAGUACUGAGGAAGAAAAACGGAUUUUGAAAAUUCAACUGGCAGAAGAAACAAGAAAGAUUCAAAAUUUGCGCAAAGAUAUACCAUGUAAACAGGAAAUGGGGAAACAUUUGGCCAUAUUACAGAGAGAGCUUGAACUGUCUCAAGACAAAGUCCAAAGUCUUGAGAAGAUUUUAGUGGACCCUUCAAGUGAAAACAGAACACGAUUAUUGGGAGGAGAUGAUCCUUCAUUUGAUAAUCUACACCAAAGAGUAAAUGAGAUGGAGCUGACACUUGCAAGAAAGGAGGAGCAAAUAUUGGAAAAGGAUCUCAUCCUGGAACAGGUGGAUCGCCUCGCUGAAAGAACCAAUGUUAAAGCAAUGAAUGGCAAACAAGACACACUGGCCUUGGCUAAGAAGGUGAAUGAUGUUCAAGGAAAGAUGAAGGACAUUACACGGAAGAUGAUGGCUGUAGUCUCAGAGCUGUCAAUGCAACAGGCCAAUGCCAUGCAACUCCAACAUAACGUCAGGGAUAAGCAGCAAUUCCUGGAGUCGUGUCAUCUACGAAUGGAGCAGGGAAUGGCACCCAGUGAGGAGUUUGAAACCGAAUGGCUGAAAAUGUUGGAUAAAGAAAACAGACAGAUGAUGGAGAUUAAGAUGAAAUACAAGGAAGCUGAAGAGGAGGAGAGACACUUAUUGCCCGAUGGAGUAUAUACAGCAGCUGAGCCAAGGCCAAAUGCAUAUAUCCCGGAUUGCGAGUCUGGACUACCUAUUCCACGUCCUUAUGGGAAAAUGGUUCCUUUUAAACCCAGUGAACCUAGCGCACAUAUGCGACAUUAUAGAAAACCAGUCACUAAACCAAUUGAAAUAUAAUGUUAAGUGUACCCAAAGCCAUAUUAAUGCAUUUUAACAGUAACAAAGUCUACCACAAGCCAGCACAUUAGUGCUGUUUAAGCAUUUAUGUUUUGAACGGUUUUAGAUAAAUAACUAUAAAUGCUUUUUAGGUUAACAUGUCUAAAUGAGUUUGAUUAAAGUUUUAGCAGACUGAAAUCAGUUUAAUAUAUUAUAAUAUUCUUUAAUAAAUACAAAACUGAAAGUGUUGCAAUUGCGCAAGAUGCCAACAGCCAAAAAACAGAUUAUUGUGCCAACAUGUAUAUCAUCACUGUGGUAUCUGGUAUAAGUACUGUGCAAUGUUUUGAAGAACUAAUAAUGAAUAGAAUAUGUAUCUCAUUUCCGUGCUAAAUAAACAAUUACAUUCUUGACAA